AUGUCCCAAAUUCAAUCAAACGUUGGAAGGAGCGAGUCUGCACAGUACAGGAAAUCCGGUGGCUCAAAUCAACAACACCAGUUCUCCGGGCCCGCACAUGCUGUACAGUAUGGUACUAGUCAACAGCAGCUACCCCAUGCUCCUGGAGAUGCAUCAAAUCCAUUUCUUCUACAAUUUGGAUCCAUAAGUCCGGGUUUUAUGAAUGCAAUGCAGGUACCCGCUCGAACAAGUUCUGCCCCACCAAAUUUGGAUGAGCAGAAAAGAGAUCAGGUUUGUGGUUCUCUCCUUUCUAGUGAUUCACCUGGCAGAUCUGAAGUUUCCUUCAACUGCCAAAAUAUAAGAAUCUCAUGA